GAUGGGGCCUACCAGGCAGACCAAGACGCGACUAGCGGUUCUUCUCUCAAGGCUAACUCUACCUCCCCAGCACCCCCGGCCUAUGAGCCUGCACGACCGGAGCUCUCCAUGGUGGCAUCAUCCACGGGCGAAAAUACCUCAGGAGAUGUGCCUGCCGAAUACAAGCCCAGUCCCAUUGCUCGCGAUUCACCCAUGAUAUCGGAAUUACCUCAAGCCGGCGCCACAGGUUUCCCUUCUGCCGUGCUGGUUUUCAAACUGCCCUGGCGACUGAAUAACCUGACCAAGUUCAGCUCCCCAGCCGAAGCUCAGGCAGCCUAUCGUAGUCCGGAGCCGAUCUUGUCAAAUCGUUUCAUUCGUCUAUCCCCAUGGCCUGCUGACAAUAAUAGACGUGGUCACUUCCAACAGGGUCGAUUCCAUGGGGGGCGCCGGCCCGGAAACUUCACGGGCAUUGGAUUCACUACCGGCAAAAGCUCAUUGCUGGGUGACGCGCACAUUAGUAAGAACCGCCUCCCGGCUAAACUUCGGUUGGGCAACACGUCGAAUAUCAAACGUCCUCAGAAUUCGGACUCGAAGUCUUUCUCUCAGUCAACCAAUCGCUCACGUUGGCGUCUGGAGCGCGACGAGAAUGGUAGCGCCCUUUUUUCCGAUGCUGAGGAGACGGAUGAGGAAUUGUUUGACUCACCUAACGACUCUUUCACAAACACCUGCGGCAUGGAUGCAUCCACUGUUCGUUCCUCUAGGGCCAGGAGAGGGUCCACCAACGACAGUGAUGCCGACGACUUGCACACUCCCUCCGAUGCCCUACUGGAUGAAAAUGGCUCCUUUGGUCACUUUGUGAGUUCGUCUGCCACAGAGAGUUUGUGA